AUGGCAACCGCCACUAGGAGAUACCCGCGGACGAUCUUUGACACAACUGAUAGAGACCGACACUACGUAACUGUGGUUCCGCAAAGAGCCAUGCACAAUCCAUUGCUGAUGAACGCAAUUUGUACCGCAUCAUCCAGAUUCCUUACCCAGAUCUGGUCAAAGAAGCCACCGAAUCAAAUCAUAGAGUUUAAUGGGAUUCAUCUCCCGGAUCUAGACAAAGAGUCGGCAAUUCACUAUCACAACAAGUCCAUCUCGUAUCUGAUGGAUACUUCGACUGAUCCUGCAAAUCCUUGUACGGAUGAUGCAUUGACUGCUAUUACGAUUUUACGAUAUCAUGAACAAGUAGAUACUGUCUUCCACGCUCAACAAGAGGAGAGAAUCGGACUUUUCAGCAUUGUAUACCACCCUCCCCGAGGCCUCGACAUUUACGCCCCGAGCAUGCCCUCUUUACGACACUCUGCAACUCUAAUCGCUCUCCGCCAAGAAAUAUGGUCUGUUCUUCUCUAUCGGAGACCAUUCCGACUACCCCUCUACGGUACCGAAGACUGCUCCUUGUUCGAUCCCGACUCUGUUGCCGACGACUUUGAUUGGGCCAAUCGCAUCUUAGUCUGGUGCGCCUACGUUGUCAAGUUCUGCUUCGGCGCAAGCUCCGAGAGCAGCGUCGAAACGGAAGAUCCAAAGAUACGAGCGGAUCAAUGGAGAGCCAUCGAGGCCUUCCAACAUAAUUGGGACACGCACCAGCCGCCUCACUUCAAGCCCUUGGCCUACCAGGAGCGAAAUCCAGAGAAGGGGGAGUACUUUCCCACAGUGUGGCACGCCAAUGACUGUCAAGUGCUGGCGCUCCAACACAUUGAACUCAUGCGUAUUGUCUUGGCUGUGCACGGUGCUAAGAAUCAACGGCUCGGCAUUGGUGCUCAAGCUGCUAACCAGAUGUUGGAGGAGACCCUGAGAGAGUCAACGAGGAAGAUUUGCGGUUUGGCCAUAUCGAAUCGCAAAGAUCAACCGUCAAUGGUCACGGCUGGAGUCGGGGUGUCGUUGUGUGGGGAGUACUUCCGUGACGAGGGGGAACAAAUGGCUGUCGUCGGCUUUAUGGAUAUGCUGGAGACGAUGCAUGCCUGGCCGACGAGCUCAGUGGUAGAUGCUUUGAGAACGGCCUGGAGUACCCAUACGAAGGCUUGA